GCGCGGCGGCGGCGGCGGGCGGAGCGGGGCGCGCCCGCCCCAUGCACCGGAGCCAUGAGGGCGGGCAGCCCCGGGGCCCGGGCCGCCGCGUCCCGGCCGGCGCCGAGGCGGGCAAGGCGGUUUAUAUAGGGUGCCCCGCGCUCGCCCGGCGCAUGGAGCCGCAGCCUCCCUCUCCCGCUCUCUCCCGCAAGGUGAUGCCGCCGGAGCCGCUGCCCAAGGGGAGCGCCCGCUGCCUCGACCCCCACGCCCGCGCCAUGUCGCAGCCCGACGGGGAGCCGCUGCCCGGCGCCCUGGAGAAGGAGGACGCCCGCUCGGCGCCCAGCACGCCCUCCACGCCGUCCGUCUGCUCCCCGCCAUCCUCCUCUUCCUCCACGCCGUCGGCCGGCAAGAACGUCUGCUCCAGCUGCGGGCUGGAGAUCCUCGACCGGUACCUGCUCAAGGUGAACAACCUCAUCUGGCACGUCCGCUGCCUGGAGUGCUCCGUGUGCCGCACCUCGCUGCGGCAGCAGCACAGCUGCUACAUCAAGAACAAGGAGAUCUUCUGCAAGAUGGACUACUUCAGCCGGUUUGGUACAAAGUGCGCCCGCUGCGGCAGGCAGAUCUACGCCAGCGACUGGGUGCGGCGAGCGCGGGGCAACGCCUACCACCUCGCCUGCUUCGCCUGCUUCUCCUGCAAGCGGCAGCUCUCCACCGGCGAGGAGUUCGGUUUGGUGGAGGAGAAGGUGCUGUGCCGGAUUCACUACGACACCAUGAUAGAGAACCUCAAGCGAGCGGCGGAAAACGGCAAUGGGAUCACGCUGGAGGGGGCUGUGCCCUCGGAGCAGGACAGCCAGCCGAAGCCGGCCAAGAGGGCCCGCACCUCCUUCACCGCCGAGCAGCUGCAGGUUAUGCAGGCACAGUUUGCUCAGGACAACAACCCCGACGCACAAACGCUUCAGAAGCUGGCGGACAUGACGGGGCUGAGUCGGAGAGUCAUUCAGGUUUGGUUUCAAAACUGCAGAGCCCGCCAUAAAAAACACACCCCCCAGCACACGGUGCCGCCCUCGGGAGCCCCCCCGUCCCGCAUCCCUUCCUCGCUCUCUGAUGACAUUCACUACUCGCCCUUCAGCAGCCCGGAGCGGGCCCGGAUGGUGACGCUGCACGGAUACAUAGAAAGUCAGGUACAGUGUGGACAAGUGCACUGUAGACUUCCCUACACUGCUCCACCAGUGCACCUCAAAGCAGACAUGGAAGGACCACUAUCUAAUAGGGGUGAGAAGGUCAUCCUCUUUCAGUACUGACUGCGCGAACUCUUCCUCAUCUGCCCAUGGCGCUACCAGCACCACUGCCCCUCAGCCGCUGAAACACAGCGUCCAGCCCAAGGCAACUGUUAUCAGUCAUGCAGGAGAAACUCAGAUCCAGCAUUCUCAGUUAUUUCCAUUGACCAGCACCUAACAUCCACUAUUAUUUCUCCAGCGACACUCUGUGUAUGUGUGUGUUGAGUGCAGAGUUACAUUUUUCACUUGUUUCUUGUGGACUUGUAGAAUGACCGUGAGUCUCUCCAAGGCAAUGCCAGACACAGUCAAAAUUAGUGACUCUACUGUGCUUGCUAAUCUUGCUCCCAAACCCAUGGGAAUAUGAACAAACCAGAACAUGCUGAGUCUCAGGGGGGGGUCGAUGAUCACCCCUGAACAUAAAGGAAGGAGGAAUUUACGUGGUUUGGCCUGAUUCUCUUUUUGCACCAGUGAAGCGCUGUCGGUUCCCGGACAUCCCUCCUUAUUUCCACUUGCAUGUGUGAAAUCUGAAAUGGGCUUUUUGGCUCAGCAACUCGAUAUAUACACAGACCUUCCUGAGCCAAACUCGCGGGUAGCUGAGACUCCACUAAGUGGAAAACACGAUGCCAGCUGGAAAUAGGCAGUUUUUCUUCCUCCUCAAAGUGCUUUAGAAUCACAUGUCCUUUGAUCACUUUAAGGUAAGUAAAUCUUAGUGUUUUUCCCCCCAUUUUAUAGGAGGGGAAACCAAGAUGUCCUAAACUGAGUGAGAGGAACCGUGGGGGUUGGUGGCAGAGCCAGGUUUAGCACCCUGUAGUUUUGAUUGCUGACUUGUUCUUAGAACACCGAAUAUCUCUCUCCUUUCACAGCCAUCUGCCAAAUCUUUUUUUUUUUUACUCUUGUUCUUUAUUAACAAGCUACUUUAUUUCCUUGGAGUCAUAUUGGAUCACAAAUGGGUGAUUUCAGAGUGUACCUACACAAAACUCUCAGACACUCCAUACUCUGGGAUUGGGAAAUCCUCAAUGGAAGCUGGCCGUAAAGGUGUAGAAAUGUUCUGCCCUGGUGCGGACCCAAGUUCAGUCAGUGGAAACAGUGGGGUAGAAACUGGAGACCAGUUAAAAAGGCGAAAACCGCAGUGAGGCCAGUAGGAGCAGUCGCUAGCUGAGUGAGUGGACAGCAAGGUGCUGGCAUAUUCCUUUACCUGGCAGCAGCGCUCUGAUUCCCUCUGCCCUCCUGUUCUCCCUUGCUGCAGCACGGCUGUUGCUCCUGCCAAGUCCUCGGACGACGGCGCAGCCCAGGAGGACUGCUGCCGGCGGGGCAGGCACCGCAGGGCUCAGUGCAACAGCAGAGGAAGUGCUCAGCAGUCUGGCCCCAAAUCAGGAAAAAAACCCCUGAAAUGAUCCUCCAUUGACGGUAAUAACAAAAAGUAAACAAGUAGCCUUUGCUAGCCCUUCUCAGUUUGCACCAAGCCAAGAGCAGGUCUGUAACGAAACCUCUCUCCAUGCAAGCACACGGGUCUGUCUUGCUGCUAAGUGUCUGCGAGGCCGCGUUUCCAAGAAUGUGAAAGCCUACUAUGAGCCACAGUUAGUGCAUAACAUGACUGAACUGUGCCUGAGGAACAGAAGACAGGAAUCCAUCCGUUACAUAACUUGUUUUUAAUUCGAACUGUAGAUACAUGUGUUUUUCUCUCUGGGAGAUCCUGGAUCAAUCUCCAGCAUCGGCCGGGUGGGCAGCCAUCCCACUGGUUUGGCCAGCCCAUAUUGCACACGAGGCAAGCCUUCUCCUGACCGUGCCCCCAAGCUCCGUGUGACACCGACGGCCGGACACGCGGCUCCAGCUAACCGUGAGGCACGCUCGCCGCUCUGACCGCACGGGGAAUGGUGUAGGGAGAUGUGGAUGUCUGCUGAGGUGGCCACCAAGAUCUCUUGGCUUGAGAAGUAACUGAGUACAAGCAUGCAUUGAUACUUGUUGGAACAAAUAUAUAUAUAUACACACACACAUAUACCUCUGUGUGUGUGUGUAUAUAUAUUAAAAAAAAAUACAGAGCGAGAGGGAGAGUGUGAUGGUAAUACCUUGGACAGUUAGGCCAGUAUUCUGUCUAAUUGCAGCCAGCAGCUAGCAGCUCUAUCCGCAAUUUAAAAAACAUUUGAAAGGAGAGAGGAAAUUAAGUCUGCAAAGUAUUAUUGUCACCUCCUGAUGUGCAAAUAACCACUUCCAGUGUUUAGCCAGUGACAAGGCACUCCCGCACACCUGACCUGACUGGAACCACUGCUGCAGAGGCAUCCCCUCAGGGAGGGGACAGUCACCGGUUGCACCCAUUGCAGUCACUUUUGUCCUUGUCUGUAGCAAUGAGUGAAGGACGGGUAUUCCCUUCGUUGGCUGUCGGUGGAGCAUUUGUAAUCGAGAGGCUGAGGUGGAUUGCUGUGUCCGCAUGCAACAGCCUUAAGACACUGGUGGUGGUUGGCAGGGUUGCCGGGGCCCAACUUUCUCCUCCAUUUGUGCUUGCGCAUCCUAAUGAUCGUUUAGUUGUGGAAUUAGUGCCAUAAACGAAUGGGUAGUUAUUUCAUUUAAGACUGAAGGAGAGACUUCAGGCUGUAACUUGACCUGACAUCCGACAGUACUUGAGAUUUCCACAACCGUUUUGUUGAGGGAGAAAAUGGUUUGAUGCAUUUAUCUUCUGUCUCGGUGGUGCAAUGAAAGGGAAACUAUUAAAUACGUGUCUGCUAAAUAUCAGCUUAGUUACUGAUCAGAAAAAACCCACUUGUAAAAUGUACUGUAUAUCAACGUUUUUGUAACUGAUACCACUGACAGGACUGGAGUGCAAAGCAGAGGGCCAAGGGAGCGUAGGUGCUGCUCUCCGCUGGAAGUGGACUCACCACUACCCGUGGGGCCAACUGCCCCCCACAGACUGUGCUCCGGGGCACUUUCCUCCGUAAGUAGCCAGGAGCAGCUUUGCUAAUUCAGAAAUCAGGCUCUGUUUAUAUUAAGCCCAAAUUGUUUGCAAAAACUGGAAGCAAUUCAGCUUGUGCAGUUUUAGAGCUAAUUAUGUGUAUGGAAAAUACUCAACUGUACCAAGAAUGUAAGAAAUCCUCUAAUUUAUUCAAUACAUUGUUUCACAACAUAUUUCACACUGACUGUUGCCACUGAACCAAACCUUAUCUCAGGUCAUUUGCAUUCAUCUCCUGUCUGUAGAUUAAAAAAAAAUAAAAUUAAAAUCAUUCUCAUUUUCUUAGUUUAUUCAGUAAUUGCCAAAUGGGUUCUGGUGCAGCAAUGCAGACUCCAUGUACUAAACUUUUCCAGUUGCUAUUUACAAAACCUUUUGCAGACAAAAAUCCCAUGAAGAUAGCCAGUGAAAGGCUUUUCACUCAAGUUUAAUAAGGUAACUAAAUAUGCCUAGGGUCUGAAAGUGGAAUGGUUUACAGUUUUAUUACCAAUUUUUUUUUUUUUUUUUUGGCUCAUGCUGGUUAACCCCGAUGUCCAAGCUAAAGGUGCUUACACAACUUAUUAGUUGGGACGGGGGAGUAGGAACCAGUCCUGCACUACUAUCAGUGAUUAUCUGUAGGAUGCCAACUAUAGACACAUCAGUUUUAUUUCAUCCACCAAUCAUUUUGUUGUAGCAUGUUGCAAUUCUGCAUGUCUUGGCUACAAUGGUUAAAAAAAUUUCUCUGAAUGAGUGGACAGUCAAGACUAAUAUUUAUUUUAAAAAAGUAAAACUAAAUUGUAAGCACUUUUUUGUAAAACCAAUGUCUGUUUUGUUACAUACUUUUAAUGUUGUGCUUUGUAAAUGUCUUAUUUGUGUAAUAAAUAAAGUUAAUGCAAGUAGAAGUGCUGGCACUUACAUCCAGAAAA